AUGGCCGCUGUGGAGGAGUUCGAGCGGAACUUCUGCCUGCUGAUGGGGCGACUACGAGUCGGCGUGGUGCUGUGUGACUCGGUGUGGUGCGGCCGGCUCUGUGUGGGUGCUGUGCGACUCGGCAUGGUGCCUCCGGCUGUGUGUAACGGCUUUGCGACUCGAUGUGGUACCGGCGCCUCCAACAGAUGUCCUGGCUUACCGAAGAGCACCGUUCAAGGAUCCAGGCUGGUAAAAGAGAAGGCGACGGAAGCGUGCCUGAGACGACUUCAGGAACUGCCGGUGGAGAAGCCGAGUGAGCUGACGACAACGCCGUCGACAUCUGGAAGAGAAGAGACGACGGAUGGCGCCUUCAGCCUGGCACUGGAAGCCAUGUCAGACGACGAUGCCGACAACAUAGGCGCAGCAAGUGAGGAUCAGCCAGAGAUGCGCGCCAAAGCAGCCGCGCAACACGAACUUCAGACGUAUAUGGACGAUAAGGGAGGCCGAGACGUCUCGUCUGGUGCGGACUUACUGCAAUACUGGCAGCGCAACGAGAUACGGCUUCCCGGCCUCGCGGAUCUAGCCAGACAAGUCCACUCGACUCCGGCAAGCAGCGCCGAGGCAGAGCGCACCUUCUCUGAGGCCGGGAGGAUCGUCGAGAAGCGCCGGACACGACUCCUCUCGAGCCGCAUCGACGAUCUGCUUCUGAUAAGGGAUAACAGGGAUCUGCUGCCGUAGAGUCCUGCUCGCACAACCCGCCACUAGCCUGGUGUUUUAGUUAUAAUUGAGCUGGAGUGCAGUGUGCACUUGCACAUACUGUGAAAUGAAGGUGAUUGAUGAAGGCUGUGAAUUGCUUUCUUUGUACGU